AUGUUUAAGGCAUUUGACGCAGUGUCAGAAACAUUCAACUUGCAAAAAGAUCAACCCUCAAUUACUAUAAAAGGAGUCGAUGUGGAGGAAAUUUUUGGUCUGAAGGACAAAGCAGCAGGUGUGCUGGAUAUUGACACCAUCCUUUAUGAGGAUGGGGAAUAUGCAGAAAAUGAUAUACCAUCUCGUUUUCUGAACAAGUCCACCGGCAGUCUGAGUAUUGAUGGAUUGAUCUCGGACGCAAUCAAGAGCGGAUUAGCCGACGAUGACUUCCUUCGAAGAGCUGUUCUUGUGGCCCUUGGUACAGUUCUUGCACCACAGUCCAGCUCAACAGUUCCGUUGGAGUAUUGGGCAAUUGUUAAGUACGUGUCACGUUUGAAGAAAAUGAACUUCAAUGGUUUCACACGUUCUUAUUUAAUUAACAAUAUAAAGAAACUGCGAAGUGAACAUGAGAUGGUGCAAUGGCCCCGCGGCAACCUAGCCCUGCUUCAGUAUAUUUACUAUGAAAAAGUGCACCCAACUGGUUCACAAUUGACGUCAUCAAAGCCGUUGAUGAGGAACUGGACAGAAGAAGAGGCGAGUAAGAGAGACAACAUUGAAUACCAACAUGGACGAGGAACAGGCUUGAUUGACGACGACAUAUCUGCUAACCACAGAAGGGAGAAAGUCCUAAAAAUGCUUAACGCGAAAGGAGUUGCGUACAGGGAAGGCAAGGCUGACAUGUCUGAUGACGAAGAUCAGGAGGUGGAAGACAAAAAAGAAGGAGCGGCCUCCACACCUAGCCAUGGCGGCCUUCCGCCUAAAGAUUUCAUGGACAAUGACGACAUCAAGUCAGACGGCACUGCAUCAUUUUUGAAUUCAGUUAAGGAUCAACAUGACGAUGAAUUGGAAGAUGCAAAUGCAUCAGAAGAAUUUGAUAGCUUGAACACGAUCUGCCGGAAAGCGAUAGAAAGUGGGAAGAAGGAGGAGAAAAAAGAUGAUGUAUGUGGCAAAAAGGAGGAGAAAAAGGAAGAUGUCUCUGGGAAGCGCAAACGCAAAGCUCCUCGCAAAUUAAGUUCCCCAAGCAUUGUGAUGACCGAGAACUGUCCUAAACGGUUUCCACGUGCAGUCAGAAAAGGUCCUGAUGCUUUGUUCAACAACGAAUAUGCCACGGACGGAUCAAAUCCGCUGACACCGGAGAUAAUUGACGCGGCUGCCGGGUAUAUUCGGAUAAUAUGCAAAUCUACAAAAAAAAACCAAAGAAGUAAGACUGUGUACGAGAAUGAAGACGGGGCUGUGGCGAGGGCUGAAUUUCUUAAACCUAUCCUUGACCGUGGAUGGCUGUGCGGCACUGUCAUUGAGUGUUACUUGGCUGAGCUGAGAUUAAAAUUGAAGGAUAGGACAAUAUGCCCUGCAUGGAGGGAAAAUUCUAUAGUCGAAAAUCGACCGAGAAGGCAGCGAUGGAAAAAGAAAAACCUUGACACGACGGAUAUUGCAGAAAUGUCAAGUUGCUACGAAAGAUGCGAGCUGGAAUAUUUUGGCACUAACAAGGCUUAUUUCUCGGUUAACAUUUCCAAAUGCCACUGGGUCACCGUCGUCAUGCACAGUGACAAGAAGGAAUUUCAGGUGCUAGACUCGUUAUGGCGCCUUGAGCAGAGCAAGGAUUUUGUGGAAAAGCUGAGAGAAGAAAUCUUGAAGGACGUCGAGUUUGCGAACAAUGAGAUAUCAACAAAGAAGAACUCAUGUGGACUGUUCCUGUUAGCAUGUAUGGAGCACUGGGAUGGAGAUGAACUAACGGCCGAAUUUUCGCAGGAAACGAUAAACAAGAAUAGGAAUAUGACUGCCGCCAAAAUUAUAAUGGCAGAAUCAAACAUGCACGAGAAGGCGAAGAAGGAUGUCCUUGACAUCGCGGCGAAAGCACGUGCGUAA